AAAGCAACAUUGAAAAUAUUAAUAAAAAGAAUACCAAAGAACUGAAAAGUUUAAAAAGCGUUGACUCGAAGUCGAUAUUACCAGAAUUCAUGCCCCUAUUCGCGAAACCAAAGAACGACAACUUCUUUUCUAAAGAUAAUAUGGACAACUUUUCCAAAGAAUACCAAGUUGACAUAAUCCUGUUAAGUAAAGAAGACCAGAUAAAAGAACUGGAGUCCAGGAAGAACACUACCAGCUACAUACGGGCGGAUUUUAAGUGCGAAUAUUGCUACAAAGGCUUUGUCAUAGAGAGCAGUUACAAGAGUCAUAUUGUGUUUCACGACGUGAGUCGCGGCGACUUCUCCUGCGAAAUAUGUGCCGUUCGCUACAGCACUAAACGGCAGGUUUUAACGCAUCACCGUCAAACCCACGCCGUUAACUUCGUAUGUAACAUUUGCGGGCAUGCUACCAAGAAUAUAAAAAGAGCCAAGUUCCAUUACAAUCAUCAUCAAGGUGUAAAGAUUACCUGCAAGCAUUGCGGAAAACAGUUUUCUCAACGGGCACAACACAUGAACCACGUACGAAGCGCACACGGCGCUGCGCGUUGCGACAUUUGCGGGAUGCUCUUCAUCAGUGCCACCGGCGUUAGCAGACAUAAAUUCUGGCAGCAUAAAGAGGUGGUGGGAGUCAAUUGUGAGUCCUGUAGUUCUCAGUUUCAUUCAACAGAAGCCCUAAAUAAACAUCGGAUAAGUGGGUGUUCAAUCGAUCUCAAACCAUGCCCUGCGUGCGGUACAAACUUUUCUGGUCAAGAAUCAUUGCAGACUCACAUCGAAGAAGUACACUGGAAGACCGACAACGCUUUUAAGUGUUCCAAAUGCUCCAAGACAUAUUCUUCGGAGAGACUCCUCAAGAUCCACCUCCGUGAGCAUCGGCGAUCGCAACGCACCGGGGAGGGGGUCACGCCGUCAUUUAUGUGCGAAGUCUGUGGACGGAGCUUCAUGGAUCGCAAAUACCUCCGCGAUCAUCAGCGCCUCCAUACGGGCGACAAGCCUUACCAAUGCGACGUUUGUUCGAAGACCUUUCGUCUGCCCAGCACGCAUCGGGCUCACAUGGACCGGCACGCGAACUUGCGUCGCUACCAAUGCUCCAUAUGUCCGAAGACGUUUACACAGGCGGGACACAGGGCUGCGCAUGUCAGGCGUCAUACCAACGAGAAGCCGUUUGCGUGUUCAACGUGCGGCAGGCGAUUCUCGUGUUCAGGCAACGCCCGACAUCACCUACGAGCUGUUCAUAUGGGCAUAAGACGAAAUAGAAAACCUCCCGCAGGCCGCUGCGAGCCUAGUACUUAAUAUCUUCAAAAUUACUUAUUUAAUGUGUAAUCUGAAACCUACAUAAUCGGUACCUCCAAUGUAACACUACGCCAACCUAAUUUUUGGACCUGUUCUGUUUUUAUUUUGUUUUCGUUUGUUUAUUUUUUCGAAUUAUGUUUUUUGUUUCUUUAUUUUUCACAAAACUCGGGGAGCAUAAUAUUAGUAAAUGAAUAUGG